UUCUUGUUCUUACUAUGAAUUAUGAUUAGCUUCACUUGAGUGCGGGACAACAUUCCGGUCACACGUAUCGCUAUAUAAGCCGUUCGUUUAAAAUGUUUUCUCAUAAACAUUUAUUUGUUUUCUUUCUUGCGCAGUAUUGCGUUCACUUAGCUUAUUCCCAAGCGAAUGUGAAGUUCUUCCGAAAAGAUUACUAUUAUUUGAAGGAGGUAAGGUCUUUUUACAAGAUCCAUACGCUACACAAGACAUGGGACGAUGCGAAGGUGCAGUGCGAGAUGGAGGGAGCCAAGCUGUUCUACCCAGACGAUGACGAUGAGGUUACAGCUGUCAUCGAUUAUUGGAACAGUACGCAGCCUUUCAGCUGGAUAUUCGUAGGAAUAUCAACACCGAAUGUCAAGGAAGUGUUUGAAACCGUUGAUGGUAUUCCAAUAGCGGAUGUCUAUGACCGAUGGGGACCCGGAGAGCCAAAUAACGCGGGAGGAGUUGAAGGGUGCGUUAUAUUGCGGCGAGACGGAACGCUGAAUGACGAAAACUGCGCGAAGAAGUUCCCAUUCGUUUGCAAAAAGACCCUCGAAUCUUUGGAUUGGAACAACUAUUGCAAUAUUCCUGAUACAGCAUAUGAAUACAACGAGGCGAAAGGCAGGUGUUACAAAUUCCACCUGCAGCCUAUGAACUGGAGUGAUGCCUACACUGUAUGCAACUCGGAGCAAUCGUACCUGGCUAUCAUCAACGACGAAGCAGAGGCGAAUAUCUUGGCCAACUUGACGAGCAGAGCGCCCAAAGACAAGGUCGAAGGCAACUAUUUACGCGGCGCAGUGCAUUUAGGAUUCAAAAAUAACAAAGGGUGGAAAACUAUAAAAGGGAAGCCAUUAAGAGAAAGCGGCUAUUCAAAAUGGGGAGGCGGUCAGCCCGAUGGUGGAGAACAGGAGAAAUGUGGAUCCAUGUUCUACAACGGCCACCUCAAUGACAUCAGUUGCGACCAAAGGCUAUUCUUCAUAUGCGAACAUGAAAUCGAUAUUCUUAGCACGGACUAUGCUCUAAGGUUUGGCGAAGUUUUCCAACCCGUUACACUGAAUAGCACCGAACCGUAAGCAUGGCAUGAUGGGACUUUCUACCGUCAUCAGCAUGAAUAAAUAUUAUCAAGUGCCAUUGAUCAAUACUGAUAAGCCAGAACCCUGCUCUGUGAUUAGAAUAACGUUUUGCUAUGCAUUUCUUAUUAUAGUAUAUUUUUUUAAUUAGUGUUAUUUAAAAAAAAAUCAAAGACAAAUAUUAAAGGCUUUACUUUAUUACAAUUACGAAAGCUCUUUCUAUAGAUAUGCAAGAAUCUUAGUUAUUAUAGUCAAGCAAAUAUUGUCGAAUUGAACUAGAGCGAGCUAGUGACCAGUGGCGUAGCCAUGUGGGUGGGCUCGGGUGGGGUUCGGCCCCCCAAACGAAAGACGGUGGCGGCAAGCUACCACUUUGUCAGUUCUCAGUUGAAAAUAAAAAUAUUAUGCACGCUUUAUAAAAACUCGUUAGACAAAAUGUAGCACAAAUAUGUAUUUUCAAAGCCUGCAGUAAAGUUAAACUCUCUCGGUGGGAUGCAUAAUUUUGUCUCAUAGUGUACUCCUCCCGAAGUUUUAUCUUGAUUUUGAAUAAGUUGUACAAUGGAAUAAGUCUUUUUAGUAAUAAUUAAAAUAGUGAGAUUUCGAAUUUCCAGUAUGCCCUUUAGCAUGACACAAAUAAUGAUACAUCUUGGUUGAUUGUGUAAAAAUAUACCUAAGUACGUGAGAAUAAUCGCUUGACCGAUUCCAAAACCCUACAUUGGAAAAGUUUUUGUUUAUUGAUACAGUCUGUGAUUAAUAAGUCGAAAACUUAGAUACCUAUCUGGCUUGAUAUCGUCUUCUAUUGAGUAGAAAAAAUAAAUACUGACAUUAACUAUGGAUUAUGCAAAUCUAUUUUUAUCAGUUAUCAUUAGUAUUUUAUAGUAUUUAUGUUGUAUUCGUAACUUUUACAGUUGAAUAGAUUUCUCAAUAGUGAACCAUUCAAUUCUAAUUAGACUGUAUAUUGAAACAGAAUACAUAAUAAUAUUUUAAUUUAUAACCUCACUGAGCUCUGUAGGUGACUAAAAUAAUCUUGGCCCAAUAAAAAGAGGUAAAGACUUUGAAGGGUAUGGGAUUUGUCAUAAUAUUAAAUAAUAUUAAUAAAAUUAAAACUGGCGAAAUGACGACAAUUUCACAGUAACAAAUAGAUAUCUCAUUUAGUAAUGUUAUUUAUAAAUAUUAUAAAUUAAGCAAAAUAUACAAUUUUUGAAGUUU